AAGUUGCGUACUUCUGCCACAUCACUCAAAACGAGCGACUUCUAGCGCUAGGUGGUGUAAGUUGAGCCACAUAUAUUCUUGAAUUGUGUAUGCUAACAUUUAACGGGGCUCCUCUGGUACGUUCCCUGUUACUUGAGCAUCAAAUGUGAGCAUGGUCUGCAAAAUUACGUGAUCCAUGCUUGCACCACAUACUUAGAUAUUUCUCUUCUGUAUCUACUGCUACUGCUCCUAUUCGAUGCUCGAUCCUUAGUCUAAGAAGCUAUAGUCUAAUCAUCGCCAUGGCUUCUCUAAGCAGGGACCUUGCAGGCCCCAGUUUCCCUGAUAGUGAUCUGCAUCAGAGCGAACUUCGCACCGAGUCUCUGAAGACCCUUCAGCAGUAUACUAUGUCUCCACCUUCAGGGAACCUUAUAGACUAUGAUUGGGACCAGCUCCAAGAAGAAUAUAUCGCUUCUAUGGAAAAGCAUGAAAAUGCUGAAAAAGAAUUACGCAACCGUGUCACCAAGUUGCUUGAGAUCUUCAUGGCGUGGUCGGAGACAACCAUCAUGCGCGAUGAAAUCAGAGCUUUAAAAAGAUUCAAGACACAAAUGAAACAUGUUCAAACAUCUGAAGACGAUCUAGAACUGAAACGUAAGCACUAUGUCGAUGUUGUGAAGGCUUUCCAGAGUGCCCUCGCGUUAUUGAAUGACCGCCUCAAGCCCUGAGAUUUAUCAAAAAGGGGUUCUUCGAGCUCUGCCCUUUAUCUCUUACCGCAUACCAAACUUCAGAUGAUUACACAUUAUUGCAGGUUGUCAUACAAUGUAAUUUAUG